AUGGACGCUUUUUGUGUCGCGUUACGUAUCGCUUUGGUGUUUUAUCUCAUCACCCCUGGAUCAUCAGCUUGUCCGGUCGGUUGCUCCUGCACAGAUGAUAACCUGGGGAGGUCUUUACUCUGUAUGGAAACCUCCAUGGGACAAAUCCCAAAGGACAUCCCGGAUGAUUUCACUAAAAUCCGGAUAGAAAACUGCCACCUGACCGAGCUACCUCGAGGGUCUUUCUCUCAGAUUCGUGCAUUGGAGUUCCUCUGGCUGAACUUCAACGAGAUCACCCUGAUGAACAUCAGAAGCCUGGAGGGGCUCGCUAACCUGACUGAGCUGAGGCUACAAGGGAACAAGCUGACUUCGGUGCCGUGGACCGCAUUUCAGAACACGCCAAAACUCAAGAUUUUGGACCUGAAGCACAAUCGGCUGGAUGUGCUACCUGAACAUGCUCUUAGACACUUAACUGCACUGACCUACUUAGAUUUAUCCUUCAAUCAGCUUAGUGUCAUAUCAAAAGAAGUCUUCAUCAAUUGGCCUCUUUACCAGACGGCAGAGAAGGCGUGGGGCAAAGAGGGGCUGGUGUCCAAUGUGGUGCUGGCGCUGCACGACAACCCCUGGCUGUGCGACUGCCGCCUCAAAGGCUUCGUUGAAUUCAUCAGAGGGGUCAGCCCUCCUAUCAUCCUCAUGAACUCCUAUUUGACGUGCUCUGGCCCCGCCUCCAAAGCAGACAAGUUCUUCCACGAGGUCCAGCUGAAAACAUGCAUGAAGCCGGUGGCCUCUGCCCCAGAGACUAACAUCACUUUACCUCUUGGAGCAAAUGCAACACUCACAUGCUUAGUCAAGGCCAGGCCCGGCCCGACUAUUCACUGGAUGUACAGUCUGAAGAUUAUAAGAGGAUUUGCUGCCAAAGAGACUCAGGUAGACGAGGAGACUGUCACCUCUCAGCUGGUGAUCCCCUCCCUUCACCUGGCAGACCGAGGACUCUACACGUGCAUGGCCAACAACUUCAUUGGCAACUCCUCCGUCAGCAUCGCGCUCAGCAUCAGCUCCUCCAACUCCUCCGCUCCUCUGCCUCCACCCGUUCCCAUGCUGUCGUCUGACGAGAACGCCUACAUCGACAUCCGUAUCGCCAAGCAGACGGUCUACGGCAUCACCCUGGAGUGGCACGCGGCGACGGACAACCCUGCAGAGACCUGGUUCACCAUCCACUUUGGCAAGUACGAUUCGCCCAAGAAGGAGAUGAUCUACAUCGGCCCCGGCAUCAACAGCUACUCAGUCACCGAUCUGCUGCCCGUCACCAAAUACGAGGUGUGCGUGACCCUAAAGAAUCACCCGCCGAGGGAAGGCCAGUGCAUCGUGUUCGUGACCGGAAGUGACAUCAGCGAGAUGGAGCAAAGAGAGAGGCUCAUCCACAUCGUAGUCAUCGUGUUGGCCAUGGUGCUGGCAGUACCGGCCGGCAUGUACGCCUGCACCACGGAGGCCCGGUUCAGCUGUGUGGAGCGCUGCGUGGAUCUGUGGAGGAAGCGACGGAUGCAGGGGGAGAACCUGCAGGGGACGGACAGGCAGGGAACCUUCGACAGUCUGCAGGCGGCCAGCGACGAGGGCCUGUGCAAGGACUCGGAGGAAAAGCCAAAGAAGAGGCGGAAGUCUGAGGACAAGUGCAAAGGAGGAAGUGCAGCUCACCUGUACUAG